UAUGGGAAUAUUUUUAUGUAUUUGUAAUAUUCAUUUAUAUUUUCUCAUGUUUUUUAGAUAUUUUGUUAUGCUCUAAGCCCUGAUGAUGGCACUACAUUUAGGUCGAAAAUUGCCCAAGAAGCUCAUCAUUUUGUUGAUUUAUCCCAGAUUCCUUGUAAUGGUAAAGCUGCAGAUCAUAUUUUUGCUGAUGGUAUUCACAUAUUAGUUAAUAUGAAUGGUUACACUAAAGGAGCCAGAAAUGAAAUAUUUGCCUUAAGACCAGCCCCUAUUCAGGUAAUGUGGUUAGGCUAUCCUGGAACCAGUGGAGCCCCUUUUAUGGAUUAUAUAAUUACAGAUAGAAUAACUUCGCCAUUGAGUCUUGCCUCUCAAUAUUCUGAAAAGCUGGCCUACAUGCCUGAUACAUUUUUUGUUGGAGAUCAUAGGCAGAUGUUCCCACACUUAAUUGAAAGAGCAAUCCUUGAUGAUAAAGAUUGUUUAGGCAGGAAAUCUGAAGUUCCUGAUAAUGUCAGCAUCGUAAAUGCUACAGAUUUAUCUCCUAUUAUAGAAAAAGCUGAAGUUAAAAAAAUCCGUGAAGUAGCUGUUACUACGUCCCUUGCUUCAGAAAAAGAAGAAGCUAAAAUUGAAAAAGUUGAAGUUGUGAAGACUGUUAUAGAAUUACCAUCUAUGCCCGUUCAAGCUAUGAUUAGUACUGGUCAGGUUCAAACAUCAGUUAAUGGCAUUGUCGUACAGAAUGGUUUAGCAACAAAUCAGAUAAAUAAUAAAGCUGCUACUGGAGAGGAAGCUCCUAAGAGUAUAUUAGUGACAUCUAGGCAGCAAUAUGGAUUACCAGAAGAUGCUAUUGUUUAUUGUAACUUCAAUCAGCUGUAUAAAAUUGAUCCAGCUACAUUACAAGUUUGGGUGAAUAUAUUGAAAAGAGUUCCAAAUAGUGUUUUGUGGCUCUUAAGAUUUCCAGCUGUGGGUGAGCCUAAUAUUAUUCAAUCAGCAACUCAACUUGGUUUAUCCCCUAGCCGAUUAAUCUUCUCCAAUGUUGCUGCCAAAGAAGAGCAUGUACGCCGAGGGCAGUUAGCAGAUUUGUGUUUAGAUACUCCACUGUGUAAUGGACAUACAACUGGCAUGGAUGUAUUAUGGGCAGGAACACCUAUGGUUACAUUAGCUGGAGAAACUCUUGCUUCUAGAGUUGCAUCAUCUCAGUUGACUUGCUUAGGUGUCCCGGAACUUAUAGCUCGAAGUCGCCAGGAGUAUGAAGAUAUUGCUGUACGACUUGGAACAGACAAAGAAUACCUGAAAGCUAUUCGUGCAAAAGUUUGGGCUGCUCGAACAGAAAGUCCUUUAUUUAAUGUCAAAACCUAUGCUACAAACUUAGAGCGGUUGUUCUAUGAAAUGUGGGCCAAAUACGAGCGAGGAGAGAAGCCUAAUCAUAUAACAGAAUUACCAUAAGAAUAUAUGAAUUAGAAGAACAGAAUGGGAUGUAACAUGUUUGUUGUAAACAUGCAUAUCUCAUUAGUCAAGCAAGAAAUACCGAGAAUUAUAAUUUGACUUCGCAGAAUCUGCUCCCUUGUUUUUGAGAGCAUGAAAUUUUCUGCUUGUAAUAUAGGAAUAAUUAAAAAUUCAACUGUCCAUAAUCAUCAAUUCACAUUGCGUAUGUUAAAAGUACCAUAUUUAAUUGUAUGUGGAGACCGGAACCAAUCUUUUCUGUCUGGUUGAAUGAAUAAAAUCAGGAAAGAAA